UUUGCAGUCCCAGUUCUCAUGCAUCCAACCCUUCACCUCGACCAUGCUAAAAUUUAUAACAGGGAGGAAAAGGGUGCUGCAUUAUGAUCUCUGUAAUUGAGUGGGAUGGUUGGUAUUUCAGAAACCCUAAAAAAAAAAAUACUCUUGAAAUGAAGUGAACUUUAUUUUACCCUCCAAACUUAUUUGAACGAUGUGAUUUACUGUAUGAAAAAAACAACUGAACUGAAUCAAAGGUGUCUCCUGCAACAGAAUCACAGAAUAACGCCUUGAAACCAUUGAGAAUUUUGUCUCUCCGCACCACUGACUGCAUGUUUACACUCAGGUCUAACAUGGUCUAUUGCCUUCUUUACUUCCGCCGUGGAAAUUCUCUUUUCUGAGUUCUUCAAUGUGUGUUGCACACCUGCUGCUUCACCCACUUGAACACUCCACCUCCUCCUCUGUUGCUGCUCCAGACAUCAGUCACAGUCACAUAUUUAAUGUUGCUGCCAUUCACUCUAUUUGUUCAUCUGUGCUGUGUGACAUUUUAUAACCAAUCGUUUUUUUCUUUGUCUUCCUUUGUUUUUGUCUAUGUUUGUCUGUUCAUGUUACCUUUCACAUCUCCAUCGCCUCUCUUCAUUUCUCUCUGCUAUGACCUCCACCUCGCAGAUUGCCAUCCACUUUCUCCAGCGUCCAGGCAUGUAGUCAGCCACAUAAGCAGAGCAUAAUCCUCCUUGUGAACUCUUUUUCCUCUCAAACAGCUUCCUCUACCUCUCGGGCUGGACUGCGCUGCACUGACGUCGGCUCGCCCUCCCCUGCCCCCUCGCCCCCCAGCAAUGGCCUCACGCAUUGGGCUGCGGAUGCAGCUGAUGCGAGACCAGCUGCAGCAAGAGGAGCAGCGUGAGAGGCAGCAGCAGCUACAGCAGCAGCAGAAUGCGGCCCUGCAGUACAUGCAGCAUCGCAUGGCUGGGCCACCGGCACCCACCCCAGCCAUCAGCACCCCACAGCAUUACCAAAGCAUGCAGGUCCCUGUGGAGGUUCUCAAGGUACAAACUCACCUGGAGAAUCCUACAGACUACCACAUCCGUCAGUCUAUGAAGCAACAGGUGAAGGAAUACCUGUCCACCACCUACGCAACGAAACAGACGGUCCAUGCAGCAGCACAGCUCGUGCCGCCCUCUCCUCCCACAAACAUGGGACCCACGGGGGGUUCAGCAUCUGCCCCCCCACCCCUCCACUCCCCACACAUGCGCCCCGAGCAGCUCAUGUCUGGAAACAGUGCACCCAACAGCCCCAUGGCCAUGCUCAACAUCGGCUCCAGCCAUGAGAAAGAGAUGGAUGAGGUCAUUGAUGACAUCAUAAGCAUGACGUCCAAUUACGAUGACAUUCAGGGAUACAUUGACCCUGUCCAGAUGCCAAACACACUCCCCCUGUCUAGCAGUCACCUAGAUGUGUACACAGGUCCUGGGAUGAAAGGGCCAGCCAUCGCCAUGACCAGUAACUCCUGUCCUGCCAACCUAACCAUCAAACGAGAACUCUCAGAUGCAGAAGCCCGUGCGCUGGCCAAGGAGAGACAGAAGAAAGACAACCAUAAUCUGAUUGAAAGGAGGAGGCGAUUCAACAUCAAUGAUCGUAUCAAAGAGCUCGGCACCAUGAUCCCCAAAACCAACGACCUUGUGUAUAGUGAUGUGCGCUGGAACAAAGGCACUAUACUGCGGGCGUCUGUGGAAUACAUCAAACGCAUGCAGAAGGAUGUUCAGAGGACCAGGGAGGUGGAGAACAACUUCAAAAGGAUGGAGAUGGCCAACAAACAGCUGUUGCUACGCAUCCAGGAGUUGGAGAUGCAGGCUCAUCUGCAUGGCCUGCCCAGCAACUCUCCCUCUGGUCUGAACACGGGUGACCUGAUGGCUCCAUACGUUAAACAAGAGACCAGUCCAGAGGAGAACCUCUCCCACACCCAGGCACAAGCCCACCACCAGCCCCAGCACUUAUCCCAGAACCAGGCCCAUCCCCAGGCCCAGCAGCACCACUUCUUCCCACAGACCCACCUCCACCACCAGGGCCAGGUUCAGCAGCAGCAGCAGCAGCAGCAGCAGCAGCAGCAGCAGCAGCAGCAGCAGCACAGGCAGCUGCCACCGCUCCCCCACCACCUGCAACCCCAGCCACCCAUCCAGUUCCCAUCUGUAGGCAGCUCUCAGCCCUUUGACUUUGCCCAACCGCUGGACUUGUGUGAUGGGAUACCCGGCUUCUCAGACAGCAUGUCGGGGCUCGGAGACCUGGGCGGACUGGACGUCCAGGGGAGGAGAGGUGAGCUGGGCUUCCUGAUGAUGGACGAGCCCCUGUCCCCCAUGGGUGGAGACCCCCUGCUCUCCGCGAUGUCCCCCGAAGCCUCGGUUGACUCCAGCCGCAGAUCCAGCUUCAGCAUAGAGGAUGGAGACAUACUGUAGACACAUGCGCACACUCACGUUCGCUUACGAGCAUGUGCAGAGGUUUCAGAGAGGUUGCGGUAAAAAAAAGGUGACGGUUCUUCGGCACAACGCGGCGCAUUUACAUCAUAUACAACGAAAAGGAAACAGCAACACAUCACACACUUUGAACACACACUGAUUACACUCAUUUGUGCUACAGUUAUCUGAUCUUACCAGGAUGAGCAAAAGGCGGUACACAGCAUUCGUGCACACACACACACACACACACACACACACACAUGUGGGAAAAACUGAGCAGCUUGAAACUUUGCCCAACAGACUGAGCAUUUACAAGGGGAUGAACCAACACUGUCAGGCCAGGAGUUAUAUAGCACAAUUGGCCUCGUUUCCAUAGAGACGGCUCUGAAUCAUAAAUGAACGAAGGGACAAAAACCAGCAGUUAAUUAGAUUGAAGUUAUCAGAUACAAGGACAACCGAGUGCAUUGUCUCACUUGAUGGAGGACAAGUUAGUUUCUCCUACAUCAACCUCUUUUUAGCAACCAUGAAUGAUUGAAUGGACGAUAGUGAAUCAAAUGGAACAAGCCGGAUGGUCCUGCAUGCAUAAUUUGACUAAAAAUGGGGAUGCAGUCUGGUCAUAUUGUUCCAACAGUCUUUUAUUCCACGGUUUGCUUUGGCCUCUAGCACUAGCCGUUUGACAAAGACCCGUGUUAGCCUGCAUGUGAAGUGUAAAGUAUCCACACUGUAGGAAACAUUUUAAAAACACACUGAAUGGAUGGCCUCACAAACACUUUCACACACACACACACACACUGCUGUCCAUUUUGUAACUCUUGACACUGUAGUGACCUUUUCCCUCUGAAGACACCGUGAAGCUCCGGUGAAAGACUAUAGAAAACUGUUUCAUAGUCUUCAAAAAAAUCAGUGUCAUCCAAAUCUGCGAGGUGUCAGAAUACUCAGGUACUGUAACAGAAUACACAAGCAGGAUCAUUUUUAAGUGGAAGCAGAUGUGUCAGGCUCGUGACCUCAUCAAUGUGCCUUUUGAUUUUUGCAGCUGUUGCAGUUUAAAGGCAUGUUUUUAUAGGUCAGAGCAGGGUUUAGACUUAGUAUCAGCUUCAAUUGUGCCUGUAAAUACUUUAGCUCCUGUGCCAACUACACCUUUGUUGUCGCAGGAGAUGUAUGUUUCAUUUUUAAUGGCCUCUAGGACCCGGUGUGUUCGAGAGGCACAGGUGAAGGAGAAAUCUCUAGCUUACUGGACAGAGAAAGAGAUUUAUCUCGGCUGACCGCAGACGUAGUGUAAAUCCUCACUGUAAAAGCACAGCAUUAGCACACACACACACUCGCAUGCAUUCACGCUCUCACUCGGUCCACAAACAGGCAUGCAUUAAAGACGCUCACCUAGAACACACGUAAUAGUGCUCACAUGCGUACGAUACGUGCAGCGCAGCCUCGAGGCUGUUUUCAAAUCAGCACGUUAACAAGUCUCCUGUGCUUCCGAGUCUCUCCAGACAAGUCGAGCGAAGCUGCCAGCUGCAGAGGUAGAACUCAGGUCCGCAGUAAAGGGAAUAUGUCAUCCACGCCGAGGUGGACCUGAGUUGUAUCUCUGCUGUGGCAAACCUGGAGGCUUGGCUGUGAUUUGAUGUAGCUUAUGAUCAGUACUGAUAAAGGUAGAAAAAAAAAAACGUGAUGAUUUUUUUUUUGUCUGAUUUUAAGAAGUGGUUGUUUUUCUUUACUAUAUAGUUUGUUGUUUAUUUUAUCUCCCAAAGCACUGGAAACUAUAUUAUUAUUUUGACUUUGUACAUUAAAUAAUUAUGGAAUAAGAUUUAUUGCAGAUGUUUUAUGCCACUAAGCCACUUAAGUGUAUUUUAUUUGUAUAGUUUUGUUUCAAUUUUUAUUCCAAAAUGACCCUUUUUCUCCUCAGAGCCAUUUUUAGUCAGCACAUUAUAAAGGCUUUUAAGCCACCAGUGUUGGAGUGUGGAGCUGUUUCCAUAUUUCAACUAUUUUUAGAGAGAUGAAGAGAUUAUGUACAUUCUUGAUGCCAUUUUUAUAUGAUUGGGAUUUUAUUUUUCUUUGUUUUAAAAUUUGGAGCCAGACAUAGAUGAACGGCGAAACUUUUGAUUUGAUUGAAUUCAAAUUGCUCAUUUUAUGAAUGUAAGCUUUACCAGUGGUUCUGGUCAGACUGAAGCAGGUCGGUGUCUUUUUCGCCACGACGACGUCCCGUCACAUAAACUCUGAGCCGAGGAGUUGUGUUUGCCGAGGCAUCAAAGCACUGACUCUGCGUUUGUCUCUGUCUGUCUGCUGGUGUUGUGCCUUAUCCCCAUCAGCCACAGUUUCACUGUUGUUGUACUGUCACCCAGCCAACACUCCAAAGAGAUGCUCAGGCCUCCUCUACUCUUCCACUAGAGGGCGCUCUGCAGAGCAAACUACACAGGGAAAAGUGGUUCUGAAUUUACUGAGAAUAUAAAACGUUUUACCAGAAUCCAU